AUGCCCAGAGAGCGGAACCCGAUGAAAAUCGUUUCCUUUAAGAUGAUUUACUCGGUGAAAAUUGGCAUGAGACUAGCAUUGGAUCCGGAUACUCGAGAAGCUGUCGUGAUGCUGACGAAUCGUCUGAUUUGUCGCUGUUCAAUACGUACUGGAGAGAACAAAACCUUUAUGAUUGACAGCGACAUCACACCCGACGAACUGCGACAGUCCAGCGAUUUUUAUCUACUUGCAGACAACAUUGCCGUCCUACUAACUUACAAUGUUGAAAACUACCACUUCUCUCAACACGUCCUCUUAUUGAAUGACAUUACCGAAAAUGCAACGCUGAUUAUGAAACGUACGAUGACUCUGCCAGCCCUCAACUCUGGCCUUACCGUUGGUAUGGGCCUUCUCGACGAAGGUUUUUUGAUGGUGACCGGAUACACUGGUCCGGAAGGAAUCCAUCGACAAGUGGUUGGGCAUUUGAUCGCAGCUGACCCGCUAAAUGCAUCGGUUUUUCCUAACAAGGACGUCACCCCCAUGAUAAGACAAUUCGAACGAUUUCUUGUAAACCGUGAUGAGGACUUAGGCAUAUUCCCAUCAGGAAUUUUGGCUGAGAAGAACGGGCUUGUUUUUCUGCUUAAGAAGUACGAUACCUCCGAAUUCGAUCUGUUUGAGAGUACAUUAGUCGGAAGAGCAUCAUUUGCAUCAAAAAUAAGUACGGUACAUUGUGAACUGAUUCCUCUAGACAACUCUUCGGUGUUUAAGGUGAUUACAAUUUUGCUUCGAUUCGUGCUUUGGGUGCGUCGACUAGAUGGAGGAUUUUCACUGUAUGUCUACAUGAAAGUACUACGUUGGAUGUAUGGACCGUCUAUGAUACCCAUCACAGCACCACCACCAACAUUCAAUAUGUACGGUCUCGAUAUGAAUUCGUUCAAAUUCAAACAAGUUCCGAUUAAACCAAAACUGUAUUCAAGUGAGAACUCGUUCAUCAGUUAUCCUCUGGCUAUCGAUUGUGAUCGAAGUGGAGGAGUUAUUACUGCAGAACUAGGGUCGUCACUCAAGCUGUUCGUGAAAAACUCUGAUAAUCGGGUCGGUGGUCUUCCUGCACCGCAAGCGUCUGACUGCUGUAAUGGCGAUGCUGGUGUAGAGGCAAAGAUUCGACAUCGUACACUGGCGUGGUAUCCGGAACUAAAGAUGCAGAAACGAUCAAUAACUCAGAGGAAUUACAUGAGCUUUGACCGCUCGCAAAUAAGACGACAUCCUGCAUAUUCUGGAGCUGGGAUCCAGCUAUCAGCAGAGGAUUUACUGAAACGGAAAGCAAAAUAUAAAGAUAAACAUAUCGUUUGGGAAACAGAGUGUCCAGUGUUCGUCGUAUACGGUUACGAUCCAUGUCGAGGUGAACUGGAUUACGAUGAGAACACUAUGGACGAUCUGAGCUACAAAGAAGCAGAAGAGAUUGAAAAGAAUAUCGACAAGGUAACUGAACUGUAUUUUAGUUAUGAAAGGACUCUUAGAAAACUCAAUUAA